AUGGGCUGGUUCUCAUCCGACUCCCGCGGCGAGGCCAUCCGCGCCGGCACCGCCAUCCCCACCCGCUCCGAGCGCCAGGUCUGCUGGGCCGCGCGCGACAACUACUUUGCCUGCCUGGACGCGCACAAGAUCGACGACCCCCUCAAGGACCCCGCGACGACGGACAAGAAGCUCUGCAAGGCGGAGAGCACACAGCUCGACCAGGACUGCGCAAAGGAGUGGGUCAAGUACUUUAAGCAGUGGCGCGUGGCCGACCUGCAGAAGCGACGACGGCUGGACGAACUGAGGCGGCAGGGCGCGCAGGAGAUGACGGUCACGUCGACGUUUGCGCCCGAGGGUGGCGUCGCGGAGAAGGGCAAGGGCAAGGACGAUAUUCAGGGUCUCUUGGAGAAGAGGCAGCGAUAA